GGUUUAUAAAUCAGUAGGUCGCGCCACGAUAUUCCUCUAACGUAGAAUAAAGAUCAAUACGGGGUGGAUGAAUAGGAUAUGAAGACAAGCUGAUCCGAUUAGACAGUAGUCUCGUCAUGUCGUAAAAAUCCUAUAGGAUAAUACCAGCUUAUGUAGAGGAAGUGUAUUAAGCUAGGGGAUAAACUAUAGGUCGUUUUUAGGUAAAAACUAAGGGUAUGCGUGAAAAAUCCUAUAGGAUAAUACCAGCUUAUGUAGAGGAAGUGAAUUAAGUCCAGAGGGAGAGACUGGUUUGUUUUAGGUAAAAACAAAAGUAUUGAAUGAAUGAAUGGAAUUGAACGAAUGAAUGAGAAAGAUGUUGUAAUACAAUUCUGUGUGAGGAUAGCACCAAGAUAGGGACAAGAACUUGAUGUGGUUAGACGGAACGUCCAAAAGAGGGAGUGCGCAACCCUCCUGUGACAGAAUAUAUAGUUGACUUCUUCUGACUGGCCAAAAGUAAUCCUCUAUCACAGUUUGGUACAGUUACAGAGUGAUCCUAUCAUAGUUUAAAUAUUAUUGGGUAAAGGGAACAAAAGUAAUCCUCUAUCACAGUUUGGUACAGUUACAGAGUGAUCCUAUCAUAGUUUAAAUAUUAUUGGGUAAAGGGAACAAAAGUAAUCCUCUAUCACAGUUUGGUACAGUUACAGAGUGAUCCUAUCAUAGUUUAAAUAUUAUUGGGUAAAGGGAACAAAAGUAAUCCUCUAUCACAGUUUGGUACAGUUACAGAGUGAUCCUAUCAUAGUUUAAAUAUUAUUGGGUAAAGCGAACAAAAGUAAUCCUCUAUCACAGUUUGGUACAGUUACAGAGUGAUCCUAUCAUAGUUUAAAUAUUAUUGGGUAAAGGGAACAAAAGUAAUCCUCUAUCACAGUUUGGUACAGUUACAGAGUGAUCCUAUCAUAGUUUAAAUAUUAUUGGGUAAAGGGAACAAAAGUAAGAAACAUCAAAAUAAAACAAGUAAUAAGCAAGGAUAAAAACACUGAUGUGAUAAAGUGGUAAGCGAAUGCGGUAAGAAUAAUGAAAAGGUGUUGAAACAAGUAAUAAAUAAGAAUAAUUAAAGAAGCAUAGUAUAAAACAGAUAGAACAGUGUGUAACAAAGGAGAAAGCAGAAUCACCAAUAAACUGAAAUUAUACUAUAACGUUAAAAUAAGUCUAGGGUAAUUAAGAAAGAUGAACGAGUAAAAUCCAAGACACGUUAGUAAUUCAUAAAAAGUACGGGCGGUUUGCAGAGCUAUAGAGAAUAUCUAAGUAUAAGAAGUUGUAGAUCAGGGCUAAUUAGUGUGGGGGAAGAUGAGUGUAAGAUCUUAAUGUGGUGGCAGAGAAUGCCGCUGUACAGGAAUUUACACCCUUAUCAAAAGAGCAACAACUAAUCGUUUUAAGUUUAAUAUGAGUGGAAUUUUCACCAAGCGGUGUAUAGUUUCUGAUUGAUCAAUAAGUGGUUCAUAGAGAGUACAGUUUAUAUGUGAUGAAAUAUGUACUAGAUCACGUUUUACCUAAUUUAUAAUAAGGUACCGAUGUAAUUUACAAAUAGCCCUACUAGGAAUCAUUGUACAGUUUUCAAUGGUGAUAAAAUAUGUGGAGAAGUUGUUAUUAGCGUCAAAAGACAGAAAGUAAAUGUAUAUGAGAAAUCACAAGCACGAGCAGGGUAAGAAGAAAAAAAACAGACGCUGGUCACUCUGUGUUCACAGAGGCUACGGUCUAAAAAUAGCCUGAAGGACAGAGAGGGGCGAAAUAUAGUGGACAGAGAAAGAAAGGAAAGACAGAGAGUCUCAUUUAAUAAAUUGACCAUAGGAUCAAACAACAAGAAUAUAGAGUAGAGAUAAGAAGUAUAGAUAAUAUAAAUAAAUAAAGGUAGAAUAAGACUUUAUAUAUAUUAUCUUAAAAAGUUAUUAGAACUGUAAUAAUAGAACAAACCAAACGAAUAAAAUGAAUAAAACACCAGUAGAGAUCUUAGGGGCAAGACAUCCCUUGAGCAAAGAAGAAAUAAUAAAAACUUCCAUAAAAUGGGAGAAACGCACAAGAAAGCUGACCACCAAAUGGCCAGCGGUGGGAACAUUGGAUGUCUCUGUGUGUGAGGAAAUGGAGACACUGAUAAAGAACUACAAACCAAAGGACAAGAAGCAAAAAAGGAGAAAUAAAUGAGAAAGAGAGAGUGAAAUAAUAAAAAUGUUCAAAGAAGAAGGAACAGGUUUGUUAAACAACAUGAAAGCGGCAAGAGAAAUGCUGAAGAAAGAUGACAAAACAACAAAGGAAAAAGAGUGGGAGAUUAACCCACCACCUUAUUCUAAUGGGCAAUUUCCAGUGAAAACUGGACACGUGGAAAUAAGGGGUGAAGUAGAAAUGACUGAAGAAGAAGAGGCUGUCACGCCUGGGGCAACAUGUGCACCCUCUCACUCAACGGACAGAAAUAAGAAAAGGACUGUGAAAAAUCCAAGCACAGAAGGAGAUUUCAAUUGUUAUGAAGGCUUGAGAAAAGCCCUGGCCACAAUGGAAACAGUAAAAAAUGAAAAGGAAAUUUAAAAAAUGAAAUCAAAAGAAAGAAAGGAAGAAUACUUUAGGAAAGGUUUGUAAAUAAUAGCAGAGUUCCAAGCAGAACAGAAUCUUAGUGAUUCAGGAAGAAGUGGAGAGUGGCAGAUACAAUAGAAAUGAAGAGGAAUUAGAAGAUCAAAGGUCAAAGCUACAGGAGGAAUGUGAAGGACUGGAACUUGAACUAGGAAUAAGUGAGGGAAGGCAACAGCGAAGGGACAAGGAUUCAGCCUGGGAUACAUAUGAGGACAUGAGAUGUGAGUCUGCAGAAAAAUAUUUUGGGGCUCGUAGAAAAGGGUCGGAAAAAGAACCUGGUUUCUAUACAAAACAGUUUCCGAUUCUGAUAAAAGGCACUCAGGGGCACUAUACACCGUGGGCUACACAGGACCUGGAGGGGUUGGUUGCCCGUCUGCCUGAUCUACAUGAAGGGGCGGGUAAAUGGAUCAGAAACUUUGAAGAUCAUACUGUGGGGAAAUUACUGGCGGUGGGCGACAUAAGGGCACUACUGGCCAGGGUGACGAGCUUGCGUACUAUGGGUGAGAUCAUGCAGGACGGGGGCAUCAAUGGCGCAAAUGGGGGAUAAAUGAUGGAUUAAUGUUCAAUGAUAUGGGGGAAAUAGAAACAGCAGACCGCUACCGGCGAGUAAUGCUCCAAACUAUCAACCAAAUCUAAAUGGGUGGAAUCCAAAUAAUGACUGGCGGCGCAACCCUAACCAACCUUCAGGCCCUGUGAACACAUGGUCAGGGCCUAAUCAAUGAAACUAGGGAUGCCCAGGGAAUCCUAAAGGGGAGGGUCAGUUUCCAAUAUUAACAACAAAGGCUGACCCGGAACCUAUGCUGCAGGUUCAGAUAGAAAAUAGAGGCACGCCCAUGAUGAUAGAUACUGGAGCCACUUACACAUGUGUGAGUCCAAAUUAUGCUUCUCAUCUCCCCAUGUCAGGUAAAUAUGCCAAAACAAUAGGAUUCUCGGGAAAUACGCAGUUAAUUCCAAUGACAGCUCCAGUUCGUCUAACAACUUGCACUAAAUCUGUCACAAUUCCAAUCUUCGUGUCAGAUCAAACACCGAAUAAUCUGCUAGGAAGGGAUGCACUAUGCAAGAUGGGUAUACAAAUCAAAUGUUCCCCUGAUGGAGUAAUAAUUGAAAGAACAGGAUUACAAUUACCGGUGAUGAGUACAGAAGGAACGGCUAAUGUGUAUUGGCUAGGAGGCAUUGAAUCAGAUGUAGAUAGAACUGUAAGGAAGUGGGGUAAAUUCAUCCAGGCCCAAAUACCUAAAGCAGUUAGAGCAAAAUCUGAAUAUCAUUGCACACUGCAAUUUGACCCACACCAGGACCCAUUAUUAGAACAACUUUGGGUUAUGGGGGCAAAUGGAAGGAAAGCACCUAUAAUGUCUCAGUGUAUAGUCAUUGGAAAGCAGGGAGCCGCAAUGGAUGUGAUGGAUGGAGACGGGUCUGAAUUUGUGCAAAAAUGGUUUACUGUCUCUGACUCCGUCCCUCACAUCACAUUGCUGGUAAAUCAGGGUUACACAUCUAAAGAUCUAGGAUCAAUGAUGAAGGAAGUUAGGGAAAAGAAAUGGGCUAAAACAGACAAUCCACUAAUCUUUCAUUCAAAGGAUAAAUCAUUUAUCAAAAUAGUUACCACUACUAUAUUGAUUGGUGAUCCAAGGGAGGUAGAGGUUAGUACAGGCCAGCAGGUAAUGUUAGGAGAAGGGCUAGGAUUAAUUAGUGAACUUGAGAAAUUGAGAAAAUUAUACCAACCGAGGUAUGGUCGCAAUACGAUACAGACGUCGGGUUGGUUAAAUCUGCUAGUCCUGUUUGUGUAAAAAUAAAACCCGAUGCCAAACUUCCAUGGAAAACCCAGUAUCCUAUGAAGCCUGAGGCUGAAGAAGGAAUACGAUUGACAAUAGAAGGACUGCUCAGGGCAGGUGUAUUGAUAGAGAUGCCCAGUUGUUGCAAUACACCCUUGUUACCUGUUCUUAAAGCCGAUGGUAAAAAAUGGAGACUGGCCCAUGACUUAAGAGCAGUAAACGACAUAGUUCAGGAUUGUCCUGCUGAUAACCAUGGGGUAUCCUGUGAUUAUCAGCACUCAUUAUAAAACAGUGGAGUUGAUAGAGCAGGGAAAAUUCGUGCUAACUAAUGCAAGGACGAUGAAUUAUAUGAGCUUGCUCACGUAUCCAGACGUUCUCAUUAAAAUACGUAGCACUGUGAAUCCAGCAGAAAGGAUUCCAUUUGAUUUUGAAGGAGAAGCACACGAUUGUGUAGCCGAGGCUUUAACAUUUACCAAAUUACGCCCUGACUUAGAAUCAAUUCCGUUAAUAGAUCAAGAGGGAGAUAAUCUGGAAAGUUACUUUGUAGAUGGUUCUUGCUUUAAAGAUUAUACAGGUAAUCAUGCAGGGUUUGCGGUAGUCAAGCAAGAGGGGAAAGCUUUCACUGAGGAAAUAUUACAUCACAUACCGGUUCCAGAAGGUCCGUUUAGACACAUCGUGAUGGACUAUGUAGACAUGAUAAAACCUAUACGGGGUAAAAGGUACAUGUUAGUUAUCAUAGACAGGUUCAGUAGAUGGGUAGAAGCAAUACCAUCGGUGGAUCAGGGGUCAGGAACAGUCGUAAAAUUCUUAUCAACAGAAGUAAUUCCCAGGUUUGGGAUUCCA